AACUGCAGAAUGUAGCAGUCUAAAUAUAAGUAGAUAUUGUCUACUGGAACGACGUUCUUCGAAAUACUCACUCUUGUCAAAGUUGAGAUACACAAACAACACUUUGUUGUUAGUGCAAUGAAAGCAAGCUUAAAUUUUUAAGGUAAUUUAAACACAUUUGCUUUUUAAUGUAAUAAUGUAUGUUAAGUUGUGCGUACUACGAUUCCUGCAUUCUUGUAACGGUGUUGUCGAACAAAGAAAAUAAGACUCAACAAAUGUAUCAACGAUGAAUAAUGCGAAAAAGAUCAACGUAAACUUUUCGUCUCUAGUGGGCUUGAAAGCAGAACUUUUAAAGAAGCAGCAGGAGGUGAACGAGGCGAAGUUAAAAUCUGAGACGAAUCACACUGUGCCACAGCUCCAAAAGAAGAAGCUAAAGAAAAUUAGAAAUGAGAAGAAAACGGAGAAUUCGGAUAAAUCUGAAUACAUCGAGGACGUUGAUACUCAUAAGAAAUCAAAAUUGAUGUUGGAAGCAAAGGCAAGAUUAUAUCAGAAAUUGAAGAAGUCUAAAACUACCAACGAGAAUUUUCUCGUCGAUUUUACAAACAAAUCAGACGAAUCUGAGGAGGAACCUUUACCAGAGGAUGCGACUGAUGAGAUGUUGGAAAAUGAAGAUGAUUGGGUAGAAUAUGAGGACUGUUUUGGUCGCACGAGAAGGUGUUUAAAAGAAGAUUUGCCUUUCAUGCAAGAAAAAGAUCAAUUGAUAAAACAUCAAAUAAUAAGUGAAAAAGGUAUUGAUCCAAAAACUAAAGACAAUGUUGAACAGAGUUGUAAAGAGAAGGAGAAAGAAAGUGAAAUAGAGAUUAUGAGGAGAAAAUGGGAGGAGCAAUCCAAGAAGUUGGCAGACAAAGUUAAUAUACAUUAUCAAGACGUCUUGUUUGACGAAGCGAGAACCCAUGGUGUUGGUUACUAUGCAUUUUCAACGGACGAAGAGCAAAGAAUGAAGCAGCAAGAGAAUUUGUUUAAUUUAAGGAAGGAGACAGAGAGAAAGCAGAGAGAGAUACAGGAAUUAAAGCAGUUGAAAGAAAAAAUGGAACACAACAGGCUGAAGGCGGCCAGAAUCCGACAACGUGUGAGAGCAGGAUUACCUAUAGACACAACAGAGGAAGAAUUUAAGGAGAAGAACGAUAAUGAGUCUAAUCAAAACAUAUCGGAAAAUAUGCCUGAUGUAAGUCCAACAGAAAAAACUGUGCCUGACGUCAAGGAGGAACAAGAGGGUGAUGAGAACAAAAAUGUAGAAAAGGACGAGGAAGCAGAGAAAGAAAACAAAAUAAAAGCUCUCGGAGAACUUUUAGGAAAGAGGACUCAUUGGUAUGAAAUGUCUCAAGAGGAAUGGGUCGACAAAUGUAGGAAAACCAGGAUUAAUGAAUUUGGGCCAAUGUAUGAGAAUUUUAAGAGUGCUGGUUACUUGAACUCGGAGAACUCUCAGGGUAAUCAGCCUGAUUCAACUUCAAGUACUCGGAAUGAUGAGAAACUUGACUCACGUGAUCACGUUGAAAAUUGUAACGAAAUGAGUAUAGAUUCUUAUGAUAUACCUCUUCCGCCUGACUUUAACGUUCAACAGAAUUUGACCGAAGGAAGCAGUGAUCCUUCAGAUACUGUUGAACAUCGAUUCAAUGAUGCGACCGAUAGUCAAAUAAAACCAAAUAGAAACAUAGACGAAGCGAGUAUAGCAGCCGGGCUUAGGUAUUUAAGGAAAAAAUUUGAAGAAAGUCAAACUACUUGAAGCAUUUGUAUCAUAUUACGUUAUUAUGCUGGACACACUGUUGUAAAUAUACUGUACAAUAUCAAUUCAUUGUAUAGAAAACAUGUACGAUAUAAAGUAUUGUAAGUAUA